AUAUGAGAAUUCUUUCUUAUCACCGAUUAAAAAAGAAUAAUUCAUUUUAAUAAUUUAAUCCCAUCAGUGUCUUUGCUUAUUCCAUGUUCUACUAACUGCUGACCCCACGUAUAUACUUAACCAUAGGAACUUCUUAUCCGGUGCUUAGAUUUUUCCUCCUGAAAGGUCGCACCGAAUGGCUCGGAGCAUGUGAAACUCAUGUUGCGUAAUCAGUCCCAUGUUCAGCACACCUGAGCGUCUAGCAGCCCGUACGCCCAAGGAUGGGGUUGGACGAUUUGAGUUCUUGGAGCUACUUGUCAAAGAGUUCAAAACUACCAAAUCAACAGAGGCUAAAGAGCAGGUGUUGGCAAAUUUAGCAAACUUUGCCUACGACCCAGUGAACUAUCAAUUUCUCAGAAAACUGUCUGUGAUUGAUAUUUUUCUCGAUCAACUUGGAGAAAGUAACAAAACCUUACGACAAUAUGCGCUUGGAGGCUUGUGUAAUCUUGCUCUAGAUCGUGAAAAUAAGUCCUACAUUUUGCACUGUGGGGGUGUCAAUAAAAUUGCCUUAUUCUUAAACAAUUCAGAUGAAGAUACAGUACUAUCUGCCAUAACCACACUGAUGUUCCUUGUCAAUCCUCAGUCAAAAAAAGAAAUCAAGAAGCCAGAUACUUUGAAAAGUAUCCUAGAACAUUCAAGGAACGAGAACAAGCGGAUAUCAAACCUUGCAAACAUUUUCUUACAAGACUAUUGCACUUCUGAGGAGAUAAAUGCUGUAUUAUUAAUGGAGGAAAUUCAAAAUAUCCCUGUCCCUGGACCAUCUACUUCUCAGACUUAAAACAGGCUUUUUCAAAAUUAAUCAUUGACACCUAAUUCCUUCUUACCCAAAACUUUAUUUUUUUAUAAUUAUCA